AUGACCGCCUUUCAAACCAACCCAUCCGCACAAGCAGGCGGCGCAACAGCCCCACAGCCGACACCCGAUGCUUUAGCCAACGCGCUCGGCCGUACAGCAGGCCAAGCACCCCAAGGCGGCACGGGGAGGACCCGCCCGCGAGCCCACUCGGCCGGCGCUCGACCGCCCCCCGGCUCGCAGCCUCUCGUAGGGGCGAGGCCCACUGCCGCUCACCCGGCAGGCAACCGCACGCCGCCAGCGCCUCAGCCGCCGACUCGCGCACCGGAGCAGUCCGGGGGCGUCCCGCAGGGCGCCAGCGGCAACCCGUUCGUCGCAUCCGAGGCCGACAUCGCACGGGCGCAAGCAGCAGCUCAGCAAGGCGGUCCUCGCAAGCCACGCGGCCCGCUUCAGGACAUCGUACCGGGCAAUCACGGCAAGCCAGGUGGUGCUGUAGGACACAAGGUGGUCGCCGACCAUAUUGCCGAGUGGUCAUACUUCUCAUACUCAAGUGUCACGGGCUCGGGCGCGGCAGACUUGGAAUCGUCGUUCCGCAAAGCACCAUCGUUCGUCACAGACCUCGGUUUCUCGAUCACACCGACCGCGACGACAUCCAUCGUCGAUCCGGUGCGAGAGGCCGAGCUGUCCUACGAAUCGUGGUCGCAUGCAGCGACGACCGUCGAGGACCUCUUCCUCGAAGUGCUACCCACGCGCUACUCGUACAUCAAGAGCCAUCAUGACUACGUCCGUUCCAUUGCCGCCCAGCCACAGUACGGCUGGGUGGUCGCCCGUUUAUACGACAUCCUCGUGCGGCGCAAGGCCUUCGCCGACGAAACCUACGAUCUGUCGACCCCGAACAUGAUCCUUCUCGGCGAUGUUUGCAACCAGCACUACCGUAACAUCGCUGUGGGCGCUGCCCGGGCCGCAGUCGCCGCGCAUGCUCAUUCCGCCACCUCUUCGCCGCUGAAGCGCACGGCAGGGGCCGACUUCGAUGAGGGAGGGCCGAAGAGGAAGAAGGCGAACACGGGUUCCAUAGCAGGGUCGCCCACGUCGUGCUUUCGAUGUGGCCGCGCAGGACACCUCCCCGGCACCUGCACGGCAACAACAACCAUUGCCGGGAAGCCCGUCGCGAACAUCUCAUCCCGCCCUCGGGCAAGCCCGCACGCUCUCGUCGGCCCGAACGGUGACGACUACUGCUUCGCGUUCGCCAAGGGAGUUGUCACACCCAUCGACGCCAAUGCCGUGGAGCAGGUUCUCACUCGUCUCGGCUUGCUCGACAAGUGGAAGCAUGUCGUUUCCAGUCUGCGGUCCGGUUUCGACACUGGUGUCGACACCAUCGUAUCUGCUACAAUUCUCGCUCGUAAUCACGCCUCGGCCCUUACUCAUUCUUCUGCAAUCGAUGCACACAUCGCCGCCGAGCAGGCGGCAGGCCGUUAUUCGCGUGGCUUCUCGCCGCAAGAGCUCGAAGACGUUCUCGGUGGCCCGUUCCGGACAUCGCCGCUGGGGGCGGUGCCUAAGCCAAACUCGCACAAGAUCCGUGUCGUGCAGGACUAUUCAUGGUCGCCCAACUCGGACACGCCGUCGGUGAACGAACCCAUCGACGUCGAUCAGUUCCCGACACAGUUCGACGAUUUCGACAUUGUCUCGGGUCUCAUCCUAAGCCUCCCGCCCGGUGCAGAGGCAGCUGCCUUUGACAUCACGGCUGCCUAUCGUAUCACUCCCAUUCGUCCCGACCAGCAACAUGUGCUGUGCAUUUUUUGGCGCGACCUCGUCUAUCUCGACUUCGCGGCUUCGUUCGGUCUGUCGUCUAGCUGCGGCAUCUUCGGCGCGAUCGCUGACAUGCUCGUGGACAUUUAUAAGGCUUCGGGUUUCACCCAUGUUGUCAAGUGGGUCGACGACUUCUUCGCGGUGCGCCUACCCGGCGAGUCGUGGACAGAGGACGAUUUCAUGGAGCUCACUCGUACCCUCGGGGUCCCAUGGAGCAUCGACAAGCUCAAGCGUUUUGCCGUCAUCCAGCGAUUCAUUGGCUUCGUAUGGCACCUAUCCGACAAGACGGUCGCCCUGCCAGAGGAGAAGCUGGAGGCGUUGCUAGCCCUCAUUCGAUCAUGGCAGGAACCAGAUGCCCGCUUCUCACAACACGACUCCGAAUCCCUGCACGGCAAGCUCGUACACGCCUCUUGCAUUUUCCGCCUCAUCCGACCUUUCCUUCGCUCGAUAUCCCUCUUUGCAAGCCGCUUCCGGAGCCGCCAUGCACGCCUGCGGGUACCAGGUCCGCUGCUGGCCGACCUAGGCUGGGUGCUCGAGAUUGUCGCAGUAUCGCCGGUGUGCCGCCCGCUCGCCCUCCCCGACGUAUCCGACAUACAGUGGUGGGGCGAUGCCAGCACAUCAUUCGGCAUCGGGGUGUCAGUCGGGGGAUUCUGGGAUGCUUGGUCGUAUGCGCCGGGCGUGAUUGUCGGUCCGAAGAAGGCGUACGACAUCGGGUGGGCAGAGGCACUGGCCGUCGAGCUCGGGCUGCGGAUGGCCGAUCACCAUGGCAUUCUCGACCGGCUCCCAGCGAAUGCGUCACGUAUUCGUGUCCUCUCCGACAACACGGGGGUGGUGACUGUCCUAACGAAAGGACGAUCUCGCAGUGCGAACACCAACGAGGUGCUCAAGCGCAUAUACCUGCACCUCGCACGACGGGGUCUGUCGCUGGUGCCCGACUGGGUUUCCGGACGCACACACCCGCUCUUCGAUGCCCACACCCCCGCACCUCGCCACCUUCGUAACGCGGUGGUGAUGCCUGUCCGGGCAUUCGUCAUACGGCCCCCUGAGCUCUUCGAGGAGCAGGGCACUGUUGUCCCAGUUCGGUUGGAGCUGCGACCGUCGCCGUUGCGCCCGCCCGUCCCAUCUGGUGACCGCAUCUUCCUCUGGAAAGGGGUUCACGCCCCACCUCGCUCGACCAUCGAUCACCCCGUUAUCCAGCACCUUGCCCGCAUCGCAUCUCGCCACUCGCUGCGUGAUCGUCAGGCUUACGGCUCGGCACUUCGCAAGUACCACCUGUUCUGCGACCAUUUCUCCAUCCCAGAAGCGGACCGGCUUCCCGCAUCCUUCGCUCUCCUCAAUUCCUUCGUCCUGUGGUGUGCAGCGGACCCAGACCCGGCCGAUCGGGUCCUCGCAGACGGUGUGACGAUUUUCGAGCCGGUAUCGCCGGAUACGGUCUCGAAAUACCUUUCGGGCAUUCGGGCUUGGCACCUCGCACAGGGGUGGCCCCCCCCGCUGGCAGAUGUUGACCAGGCGCUUAUCCGCUGGCACCUCCGUGGCCUUGCGAUUAUGCAGGCUGGGAAGCGCAAGCGUCCACCACGACCCCCUGUCACCAUUCGCAUGUUGGCUGCCCUGCGCGAAUCACUCGACCUGUCGGACCCGUUCCAGGCUUGCGUGUGGGCGGCGGCGUGCUGUGCCUUUUGGGGAAUGAUGCGGUUCGGCGAGGUGUCCGUGAAGUCGCGUACGGACUUUGCCCCUUCCCGGCACCUGACGAGGGGUGACGUCGAGCUAAGCACGGACACCUUCGGCAACACCGUGGUCAUGCUCCACCUCCCCUCGGCGAAGACAGCAGCUCCUGGCGAAGUGCAGACAGUGCACAUUGUCGAUCAGCCCGGUCCCCUCUCCGUCGUGGCUGCCCUUGCGAACCUGAGUCGGGUUGUCCCUGCUGCAGCCAAUGAUCCCUUGUUCUGCUGGCGCGACCGCAGUGGGGCCAUUCGCCCGCUGGUCCGCAAGCCGGCUCUCGACUGCAUCAAUCGCAUCACGGAAGCACUCGGAUGGGGUACUUCAUUCGGUCAUUCCUUCCGCAUCGGUGGCGCGUCAUUUUACCUGUCGAAGGGGGUGAACCCGGAGAUCGUUCGCCUGGCUGGACGCUGGAAGUCGUUGGCGUACGAGGCCUACAUCCGGGCUUUCCAGGAGAUCGCGUCGGCGCACAUGGGUGGUCUGGCACCCGCUGCUUCGGCUUGA